GCAAUAGCGAGGAACCAAUAAAAAACGACGCGCAAAUACAGGAGUUUUAUAAAUCAAGUGCAUAACAUAAAAACGAUUUCGUCUAAUUUGAUUGUUUCAUUUCUCGAAAUUAUAUGGUUUUGCAAUAGUACAGUAUAGCGCGCAAAAUUGAUUGUUUUGAUGUCGCACGGAGGCAUGACCACGGCGUGACUUCCAUGCCCUGCGUUCCUACGGAAGGGCGUGCGGAUUACGUUUACUAUGAAUGAUUUUAUCUCUUUCUAAACUCGUGUAUCUGUGAAUGACCGAGUGUAAUAGCGAGCGUACCAAAUUAUGGAUUGAAAAGCGUUUGUUGUUGUAUUUUGAUAUUUGCACCGCAUUGCUGCGGAGUUAUUGCCGUUAUCUCGUUCGUGGAUCGUAGUGGUUUGAUUUAAGCAGUCAUAUGGCGCCUGCAAGACUUGUCCGAACGCGAAUUAGUUACGCAGUUCGAUUUGUCGAGCGCUUUACUAUUUACGCACUAUUGAAAAGAGAUAGUACGUAUUUUUAGUCGCGUCGACGGUGAGACGAGUGACUUUCAUCACGGUGCGUAAACAACUUCAAGGUUAUCCGUCGUGUUUGUGCCAGUGCUGAUGCGGAGGCGCUGACAUGGCUGCGAUGGCAGAGGGUGGCGCGGUAGUGCGUCAAGGCCACCUUCGGAAGUUAAAAACGAUGAAGAAGAAGUACUUCGUGCUCCGGGCGGAGACUUCGGAAAGUUCAGCCAGGCUGGAGUACUAUGAGUCUGAGAAGAAAUUUCGUUCUGGGGCAGCACCUCGUCGAGUGCUGCCUCUAAAAAGUUGUUAUAACAUAACCAGGAGGCUGGACCUGAAACAGAAGCAUGUGAUAGCAUUAUUCACUAAAGAGGAGCAGUUGUGCAUAGUGGCUGAAAACGAAGUGGACCUUCAUGCUUGGCUUACUGCUAUUCUGAAGCAGUUUAGGUCAGAUGAUGCCAGUGAGGAGCUAUUGCAUCCCAUCCAACAUGUAUGGCAAGUUAAUGUACAGAAGAAAGGUUUGGGUGCGUCGAAGAACAUUCAGGGUCUUUACAACCUCUGCCUCACCGACAAGACGCUCACACUCGUCAAGAUCAAGAGUCAGAACAACGUGAUAAGUAAUCUUGACAUACCGGAGCGGGUCGAAUAUUCCUUGAAGAAUAUAAGAAGGUGCGGCGAUUCCGAGUGUUUCUUCUACAUGGAGGUCGGCCGGCAGACGGCGACGGGAGCGGGCGAGCUGUGGAUGCAUUCAGACGACUCGAACAUCGCCCAGAGCAUGCACUCAACAAUAUACCACGCUAUGAGAAAUUGCGCGAAGGAAACAGAAAACGAAAAGGACCACAUCGUAGUACCCGCUAAGAACUCGCUGCUAAUGGAGGGAUCGCAUCCGCUCCCUGCGAGGCGGCAGACGUACUCCGACGGGCGCGGCCGGGCGGGGAUUUACAACGACAAGGGCCUCUGUGUUGGCUCGUGUAUAAGACAAUGCGUGUGCGCCUCUGCCACCUACUCCAUAGACGACUCGUCUGCGGCAAUUGCGCCUCUGACGCCAAAGAACGCCGAAAACCAACCGCCGAAUAACACACUAACGACUGACAAACUCAUCGAUCAUCCAGUGAGGCUCAAAAAACACAACCGUACCGACUCGUUGCCCACCGGAUGUUCGUUAUUCCAAGAACCGCUCAAGAUCGGUCACACGAGGACAUGGUCCACCCCCUUAACCGGAGACGAAUUAGAUAGAGCGAUUUUAGAGAAAUCGUUGAUUCAUUCGUCGUGUAAAACAGUCAACGGAAAGGACAUAUUCCCUACGAAGAAGUCGUCGGGCUGCAGACGAGCGAGCACUGGUCAAAGGUUUCCGAAACUGUCGCCGGCGCAUACGAAGAAUUCGAGUGCGUUGCGAAAGCGUUGUGAAACGAUGCCUUCUCGGGCGAGCUCGUCCUACGAACCCGAGCGACUACCGCCGCGCGAUACAGAUCUUGACGGUUUGGACUCAUCGCGCGACGACAUCGACUCGAUAUCGGACUGGUACCGGACCCCGAGGAUACCCGAGGAGCCGGAUUGUUGCGACAUUAUGUCGAAGGAUUUCAUGAGCAUGACAACGCGCGGCAGCUCCAUAGCGCACUCGCGGACGUCGUCGAUGGGCGCCGACGAGCCAGACGUCGCCGAGGCCACCUUCCCCGACGGGUACCUGCCCAUGGCGCCCGGCCACGAGCCUCUGGGCCUCGUCUCCUCCAGUGGGUCCGUCUGCAGCGGAACGCCCUCCACCGAUCCUAGGUUCAGCGAAUAUCAACUGGAACCAGCCACGGCACACAUCUCCGCGGAGCGCUCCACGCGCGCCUACAGCGUGGGGUCGCGGCCGGCGUCGUCGCGGCCCGAGCCCGCCCGCCUGCGCGCCUACAGCGCCGGCGCCCGCCGCCCCCCCGCGCACCACGCGCACGCCGCGCACAACCACGCGCACCACGCGCACCUCGCGCACCACCACCCGCGGGCCUCGGCCGACGACCUCAUGGAGCUCGACUUCUCCACCAACUCGCCGGCGCCCAAGAUGAUCGUGGCUCGGACGCCGCCCGGCGCCGGCUUCAUGGAAUCGCGGCGCAGCAACGUGGACGAGUACGUGGACAUGUCCCCGCGCAACGCGGGCUACGUGGAGAUGCGGCCCGGCGAGCGGCUGGGCGAGCGGCUGGGCGAGCGCGGCGGCGAGCCGGCCCCGCCCGCCACGCCCGCCACGCCCGACGGCUACGUGGAGAUGAGCUACGGGCGCGCGCCCACGCGGCCCAUCGCCAUCGCCGCGCCGCGCCAGCCGCCGCGCGCGCCCGCCGCGUCGCCCGUCGCCGCGUCGCCCGACGACCGGCGCCGCCGCCGCGAGCCGCGCACGCCGCUCGGCUCGCAGACGCUGUUCCACAUGUCCAUGGAGUCGCCCUCGUCGCCGCCCGAGUCGGACGUGGCCGAGCUGGAGGACGACCACCACUACCUGAGCACGGUGCGCGAGAUCUCGGAGGACGGGCGCCGCAGCCCCGAGGCGCGCCCGCCCGACGCCGGCGAGGUGUCCUCGUCGCCGCAGUACGUGCAGCUGGCCGGCCCGGAGCCGGACGAGCCGCCCGCCAACCCCACCGCCGCCAAGACCAUCGUGCGCCCGGAUGACGUCAGAGGUCAUGUCCCACGCGCAGCGGGCGUGCACUACGCGGCGCUGGACCUGGAGCCGCGCCGCGCGCCCGCCGCGCCCGCGCCGCGCCUCUACACGCAGAUCGACUUCCUGCGCAGCGAGAAGUACGCCGCCGACGCCACCUAGCGCACGCGCGAUCACCGAAGGCCGCCCUCGCGUCGAGGCAUCUCGUCGUGGACUCGUCUCGUCUCGUCCCGUCUCAUCUCGUCUCUGUGUUCUCUUUCAAUUCAAUUUGUACAAAUUUUAAACUAAAUCGAAAGACGGCAAUGAAAUACUGCUAUCUUUUAUAUUUGAUUAAAACCAAUGCGAAUAUUUAUAUAUAUUUCGCUUACGUUUGUUUUUUAUUCGGGCUCGCAGUUACUUGUUUACAUUUUGUAUGAAUUGAUAUGAAACAAUGUGAACGGAAUCAAGCGUGCGUUAUCGGUAAUAUAAGUGGUAUUAUUAAGUUUCUUUCUACAAAAUUUUAUAUAUUUAUAUAUUAAAUAAGGCUGAUCAUCCUAUUCGAGCACAAGGCAGAAAAAGAUGUUUUAUUUUUAACGCUUGUCGUUGAAAAUUAACACAAAUGUAAUUAGUGUAAUUGUAUAUUAUUUUAUCGCGCUAGUGUGUGCUUGGACGACCAGCCUCGAGUAUAUUUUUUAAAUAAUAAGCUUUCUCUUUAUACGACUUCUAAUUAGUAGUCCCUUACGAAGUUAUGAUUGCACUGUUAUGCCAAAUUAUUAUUAGUAUGUUAAUUAAAUCACUCGUAUUAGAAACUCUUACUACUUCGAUUACAUUCAUUAUGAAAAAAAUUAAUAAAAUUAAAAGUUUGACGAAUCAAUAAUUAAAUAUUUAUACUCCUUGGCCGCAAUAAGGAUCACGCCACACAUCGGAUAAUUGUUAGAACGUAGCGUAAUACUCGAGGAAAUAAAAUCGGAAAUCAUACAUUACUAUAACGUACGCUAUAGCGUUCAAAGGAUUAUAUUUUUUAUUGCAUUAAAAUAAGAUCCAUAAUUCUCUAAUAGGUUGACGCGAGUGAACACUCAGCCGAGGCGCUUAACUUAAUUAUUAACUGCCAUUAAAUAUAGAAAGCGUAUGAUCGUACAAUUUGUCCUAAACUUAUCUAAAGUGGUAUUUUUUUUAGUAAUUAUAAAUAACUCUUAUUUACCGUAAUCGGCAUUGUGUGUUUUGCCUUUUUUGCAUUUUUUUUAAUCAAGAACUACUAAGGGCUUGGAACCAUUGGAGCUCCUAUUAAACAUAUACCUAUACAUAUUUAACGAUUCAUCAGAUAAUAAUAAUAAUUAAAAAAAAUAAGUUAAGCCCGAAUUAAAUUUAAUAAUUUAAUCCAUAUGAAGUAAGUACUGUGUAAUUUCUCAGUACCUGUAUGGUAUUGAUUAGAUUAGUCAUAAGAUGAUAUUAUUUAAAAAAAAUUUCAAUGGUUUGCAGUUAAAAGGGCAUUUUUGAAAGAACAUUUAAAAAAAUAUAUAAACCACAUUUUGCCAUUGGCCAAAUUAAAAAAAAAAGAAUGUUUGUGCUAACGGUAGCUUAACAUUACUAAUACCAACGAUAUAUCCUAAAAGGCAUUCGUUAUAUAGAACAAAAUUAACAUCUGUUCAUUGUUUACAUUCUUAUUUAGCAAUUAAUUAAUGUGGUCUGUAUUGAUUCAAGCUAAACUAAAUACCAUAUUAGGUAAAUUUAGGCAAAGGUUUCAAGGAUUGACUGUUGUGGAAAUAUUUUUUUUUUUUUGUAAAUUAAUUUGUGAUUU